CUUGGACUGAAGAGACCAUCAACCAAAUCUCUGGUUUACGCACAGUCGCCUUCCAGCACACUUCACCUCCCUAACCAUGUCUUCUGCCCGUGCCUUUUCUCUCGCUGCCCUCGCGGCUGUCGUUUCUGCGCAGUCCCUGAACGUCGUCAACAAGUGCUCCGACAGCGUCACGCUCUUCACCCAGACCUCGUUCGGCACGAUUGACAACAAUGUCAACGUCGCUGCUGGCGCCACCACCGACAUGAACAUCUCCAACAACUGGGACGGUGCCAUCAACGUCGGCACUAGCUCGACCGGUGGCCCGACCUGGGACGGCACCACGCCGUUCUCGCGUGCUGAGUUCAACUUCUACGCCGUCCCCGGCUCCGUCACCUACGACAUCUCCUUGAUCUACGGCUACAACGUCGGCAUGGAGAUCUCCUCCUCCGACUCCGGCUGCUCUGCCUUCGCCUGCACCCUCCCCUCGGGCUGCCCCGUCCCCGGCCCUGACGGCUCGUGCUACUCCCCCUGCUGCUCGUCCGUCUCCGCCUGCUCGGGAGGCGCGCUCCCCGCCGGUGGCGGAGGCUGCACGAGCAACGCCGGCCCCGGCCCCAACUCGCCGUUCUACUACAACAGCUGCUACAACGCGUACGCGUUCCCCGACAACGACGGUGCUGCCGGCUACACCCCCGCCGACAACGUCGACUUCACCUGCGGCAACACCGACAUCACCCUCACGCUCUGCCCUGGCACCACCUCCAACAUCCCCAAGUAAACGCUUAGUCCAUGUGGCUCGCGCUUUGCGCGUUGUAGGGCAGGGACGGGAGCGGGGCAGCACGCCUCCGCGAUCAAUCGCUGGCCUAUAGAAUUACUUAUUGGUGGGGGUUUUUAUGUAUUCCUUACGGUACCCAGACG